UGUUAGGUCAUCUAUAACCUGCCUCACCAUUGGACUCCUUUUCAGGGCUAUCAUUCGACAGGAGGCAUUUGAACAUAAAGCAGCUAAUUCACAAGUGGGUUUGGAUGUCUUUUGAACAACAUGUGGCAGUAGAGCUUAUUUGAUCUCCACCAGUCAUCACUGGAGUUUGUUGUUGGGUUUUGGAAAUAGGGGUGAACAGAGCGUGUCCUUACACACCCUGGAUUACAGUCACCAUCUCCAUACGGGCACAGGGGUUGAGCAUGGCCGAAACUACAAAGAAACGACCCAUCAUAGCUGGGAGAGAAAAAGGUCCAGGACCUGCCCGCUAUGCCCUCCCUCCCACCAUUGGCUUCAUGCGUCAUGACUUCACAAAGCCAACGAGCCCAGCGUUUACUUUCCACAGCAGGAUGAGUGACAACCUCUACAGCAUAGACUCCAGCCCUGGGCCUCAGUAUUUUGUUGACGCAAAGAUCACUCGCUUUGGGAGAGAUGGCACCCCUGCAUAUUCCAUGCUGGGUAGGAUGAGAAAGACUGUGGAAGUUUUCCAGACUCCAGGGCCAGGAGCAUACAGUCCAGAGAAAGCCCUUCCCAGCAGCACCAAGCGCAAGACCCCUUCAUACACAAUAGGGGCACGUACAAUCUACCGCUCCCUCGACACGGUCCCGGCCCCAAACAGGUACACGCUGCCAGCCGUCAUGGGUGCCCACGUGCCCACCAAGCCUGCUAGCGCCAGCUUCACCAUCUCUGGCCGCUGCCGAUCUGGCGGGUUUUCUGAGGACCUGUCGAAGACACCUGGCCCUGGCAGGUACAACAGCACAGACCCCAGCAUUUACCUGCCCAGGCAGCCAGCCUUCUCCAUGCUGGGCCGCAGCGGCCUCCCCACCGACACCACACUGAAGCCUGGCCCUGGCAGCCACAACCCAGAGAAGGUGACGGCACACAAGCCCCGAGCACCGGCCUUCUCUCUGGGCAUUCGCCACUCAGAGUUCAUCACUCCUUUGGUGGUGGAUGUGUUGGACUGACAUCACUUCCAGAUGUUUGAUAGUGAAAGUGAACUUGACACAUUGGCAUGGUGCAGUAAAGUUGAAAACAGGAAUAGUGACAGAGACUCUCACAGCAUCAUCAGGAACUGAGUGUAAAGUAGUGCAUGUGACAUUUUUGUUAUUGAAGGUUCUGCCGCUUCCAUUAUACAUUACUGAUUAAAGAU